AGAUAGGAGCCAAACAUGGUGUCUGUUCAGUGUUCUGAAGACCUGACCUGCUCUGUUUGUCUGAGCAUCUUCAUGGAUCCAGUGACUCUGUCCUGUGGACACUCUUUCUGCAGACAGUGUGUCACAGACGUCCACAGCUGUCCCCAGUGUCGGGCAGCUCUUUCAACAGAAGCCAAAUGUCUCCCGACCACCGGUGUUCUGAAAAGCCUCGCCGAGAAGGUCAGAGAAGCGGAGAAGAUGAAGGAAGAGGGUGGGAGUGAGAAAGCAGAGGUUCCUGACUUGUGCCCCGAACAUGAAGAAAAGCUGAAGUUAUUCUGUGUCACAGAGCAGCAGUUAACUUGCAUCAUAUGCAGAGAUGGGGAGAAGCAUGAAGGACACAAGUUUAAACCAAUCAAAGAGGCAGCUGCAUCACAGAGGAAAGAGUUGGAGACGUUUGUACAAGAUGUGAUUGACGAUAUCCAUGCUAUAGAAAGCCUGGCCAACACACAGAGGGAAGAAAUGACAAAAUCCAAAGAGACGUCUGAGCAGCUGAUGACCCAAAUCGGAAGACAGUUUGAGGAGAUGCACCAGUUCCUGCAGAGGAGAGAAGAUGAGAUAAAGAAUGAGCUGAAACACAAAGAGGAAGACGGUAUAGAGAAGAUGAGCCACAGCUUAAAGUCCAUAGAAACCGCUUUGUCUGAGAGGAAAGAGAUGGAGGUCAAAGCAACCUCUAUUCUGGAGAUCUCAGACUCAGAGAAGUUUCUAAAGAGCUGGACUGAAGACAAGAGUAUGAUGACCACAGAAGAUUUGUUCAGGCCCAGAGCGAAUGAGCUUCAAGUGGUGAACACUUCUCUCUCUUUGGGGCCUUAUGAAAGCCACCUGCAGUUCUUCAUGUGGAAGGAGAUGCUUCAGGUGAUCCAGCCCAGAGCAGAGUGGCUCUCACUCAAAAGAGACAGCACAGUUUUAUCUGUGUCUGAUGAUGGCCGAAGGUUGUUUUCUGUUCCCCAAAGCAACCAAGCGGAUUUGUUUUCUAAAUUUGGACAGCCAGCUUUUGGUGUUCUGACAGGACACAACACCACCCCUUCCCCUGUUGUCUUAGGUUCAUCAUCAUAUCAAGUCAAAGCUCGUGAUAUGGGUUUAUUUGCCGCCCCCCCUCUUACUUUUGCUAAGCAGAGUGAAAACCUCUCCUCCUUUCCUUCCUCUCGCACAAACUAUGCAUGCAGUGUCACUGAGUUUACUUCAGGGCAGCAUUACUGGGAGGUAGAGGUUGGAAGCAGAAACUACUGGGAGCUAGGGCUGAAAGAUGAUAUCCUGUUGUAUGAUGGGCUAAUGUAUCACACCUUGCAUCACAAUGUGGGUCUACCACUAGCAUUUGAAGGCAGACCUCGAAAGAUUGGAGUUUACCUGAACUGCUCAUCCAAGAAACUCUCCUUCUAUGAUGCAGACAACAUGAAACAUAUCCACACUCUGUGCCCUGAUCUCACUUCCAUGCCGGUGUCAGCCUAUUUUAACAUCAGACGCAAAGAACCAGAUCAUAACCCCAUUACAGUGUGCUGGUACUGAACAGAGGAAUGAUCCAGCCAGAAAUCCUUGACAGGUAAAUGAAAGAUGUUGUAAUUAGGAAUGCUUUAUUUCACAGGUUAAGGUUUUGAUCUAAUUGCCACACUGAAUACCUGCAGCUGAACACUGCAUUACUCUUUCCUGUUUACCAUUUGGAUCUUUAACAAAAAGCUGUUUAAGUCAUGAAGAAUCCAAUUAAAGAAUGUUUGUUAAUCUUGUAACAUUGAUGUCAGAUUAUGUACUUCUGACCUCGUACAUCAGUUUUUUUGAUUGUUUUUUUUUUUCUUCUUCUUUUAGGAUUUGUUACUAUUAACCCAUUUUUCUUUACCACCAAAUUGGAUUGUUAUCAACAUCUUGUAGUUCACAGCCAAAUUUUAGGUCAUAAUAGGAACUUUUCCAGCAAAAAAUACAGGACUCCUAAAAAACAUUACAUUAUAUUUUCUCUGUUUUCUGGAGAUAAAAACUUCCCAUCUCACAAAUAAACCCACAUUACUUUGUUUAUUUAAAAAACAAACGAGUGAAUCUAAGACAGCAUGGGGGAUGCUACAUGUAGGCCUUUACAAAGCUGAAAGUUCAGAACUAUGGAACCAGAGGAACCGACCUGAGGAACUAGACAGGAAAGCAGAAGUUGCUAGAGGAGUAACUAAAUCUUAUUGUGCUUUUUUUUUUUUUUCUUUUUUUUUUUUAAUGCACUGUAAAAUUGUGUUUGAGCUCUGUUAAAGCAACUUUAAAAAAAAAAAAAAAUUUGUUUAUUUUGGACCAGUGUUGUUGGUCUCUUGUAAGUUUAGUUGAUGAUUUUACACAUGGUGAGUGAACUGGGUGUUGCUACUGUAAUACUGCAAUGUAUAAAAUGAUAAAACACAAUUUACCCGACAGAAGUGCACACAGGUGGUGGCUUACUAAUUAGAAAUAAAAUAAAGCUGUUUAUGUGGUAAAUUUAUUAAGAAAGAACUGUUUGCAGACAUGUCUCAAUGAUUCAGACACUUGUAUGUUCAGUCAUGAAAUAAAUCCUGCGAACAAGUUAAGAAUGUAAUUUUGUGUUUUUUGCUUCUUUUUGGUUAAAAUGUUAAUAUUGCCCAUUAAAAAAACUCUGUGCCAAAAAUA